GCCCUGGCCCACCCCACGACGGCCCGCCGGGCGCCCGACGGGGCGGGAUGACAACAUGCGGCGCCCCGAUGUGGAAGAGAGAGGCAACAAUCAUGCGUGCGCCUACUGAUCUAGCUUAGCCGAGGAACGCGACUGGAUUGAGCGCAUGCGGCGGCCGGCGUUCCUCGAGGAAAUGGAGCCGUACGUCGUCGCACCCUAUCUUCGCGCCUACCUGCACCGAUUCGCAGCUUCGGUGUCCGCGGCGAGCUGUGACGCGAGCAAGGUGGGCGGCGGCGAUGUCUGCCGCGACGAGGAGGCGGCGCUGCGGCUCAAGAUAGUCGCCGUUGCGGCCAUCCUUGUCGCGGGCGCCGCCGGCGUCGCCAUCCCGCUCGUCGGCCGCAGGUGGCGGGGCAGGGCUGCAGCCGGUGGGGGCGGGUCCACGUUCGUGCUCGCCAAGGCCUUCGCGGCGGGGGUGAUCCUGGCCACGGGGUUCGUGCACAUGAUGCACGACGCCGAGGAGAAAUUCCAGGACCCUUGCCUCCAGGACUCGCCGUGGCGGCGGUUCCCCUUCGCGGGCUCCAUCGCCAUGCUCGCCAGCCUCGUGACGCUCGUCGUGGACUUCCUCGGCACCCAGUUUUACGAGCGCAAACAGCGCGAGGCGGCUGCCGCCGCCGCAACGAGCGCCCAAGAAGAGACUGCGGUGGCGCUGCUGGAGGACGGGAGGAAUGCAGGGGGCGAGAAGCGUGAAGGAGCGGUGCACCACGGCCACGGCCAUGGCCAUGGUCACGAGAACGAGGCGGGUCCGUCCCAAGCUCGUCAGGUGGUUGUUUCCCAGAUUCUGGAGUUGGGGAUUGUAUCACACUCGGUGAUCAUCGGGCUAUCGUUGGGUGUUUCGCAGAGCCCGUGUACCAUCAAGCCUUUGGUUGCUGCCCUGUCCUUCCACCAGUUCUUCGAGGGUUUCGCGCUAGGUGACUGCAUUUCCCAGGCCCGGCUGAAGGGUCUCUCUACUCUCUUGAUGGCUUUCUUCUUUGCCAUCACAACACCCACAGGAAUCGCCGUGGGGGUGGCCAUGGCGUCAUUCUACGACCCAUACAGCCGCAGAGCGUUGGUGGUGGAGGGCAUUCUUGAUUCCAUGUCAGCUGGUAUACUGAUCUAUAUGGCACUUGUGGAUCUCAUCGCCACUGAUUUCCUUGGCCAGAGGAUGAGCAGCAGCCCGGCCAGGCUGCAGGGUGGCGCAUACAUUGCAUUGUUUCUUGGGGCCAUAGCCAUGGCAUCCCUUGCCAUCUGGACUUAGUUAAUGUUGGUGAUUGGUGUGAAUAUUACCCCUUACUGCUUGUAUAGUCCCUGAAGAAGAGGGGAGGCUGCUUGUUUUUUCGUUGGUUCUUUUGUUUCCUGUUAUUGACAUGGUGGCGGUGGGAUGUAAAGGUGCCUUUGUUGGUAAUGAACAGCAACA